AUGAGUGUCAGCAUCAACUUCUCGCCCAGUGCAUGGCAAGACCCACCCUCCGUUCAUCAUCCAUUCCUCACUCAAAUCCGCGAAGCUGCGUCGAAGUACCGCCUGCAGUCCGCCAGUCACUUCAACAUACCGAUCGACGUAUGUCAGGCCGCUCACGCCUCGAACCCAGACCUACUCGCCGACAUCGACACGGACUUUAUGCUCUAUGUUGGCUUCCACAACUUCGGAACUAAUCCCAUCUUCGCCGUCUGCCGUCCGAAAAUCGCGAGGCGUGGACGCGACAAGGGCAAGUUCAUCAGAGGAGCGGUACAAGUGUGGUUGAGGAACAAGUUUGUACCGCUGUUACGGUUCUUCGAGGCUGAAUUCCCGCCGUUGGAUGGGCCUGUGGCCGACGAGAUCAUGUACCAGUGGUGGAAUGCCAACGGACGUACCUUCAACUGGACUGGCUUGCCCACCGAGGUUAAAGAGCGAAUACUCAUGUUCUGCAUGCAUCGUUCCCCGCCACUACCCAUUCAGAAGAAAUCUCGAGGCCGCGUCCGCCAGGUUAGUAAAGGCGCACCCGAAGUCGUCGGACAGCUUGGCAAGUGGGCUUCCCUCCUCACCGUCUCACAUCAAGUCCGCACUAUCAGCCUCCGCCUGUGCUUCGCGGGCAGCAGCGACCUCGAGUUCGGAAACGGACUGUGCAUCGUGGCCGAGAGCCUGUAUAGCUUCAAGCGCAGCAUUCGGAGAUUGGCGAAGCAUCGACAAUUGACCGAAGGAGACAGUAUUCCGACCGACGACAAGAGCAGGGAGCUGGAAAUUCUAUACAAUGCGUUCCCACAGAUCUAUCCACACUUGGACCGAUUCGCCACCUUCAACCAUGGUAUCCGAAAGAUCUACCUCCAACUAUCUUUCAUCGACGGCUUGAAUUUCUUCAAGGUGACCGCUGGCUCUUUCGCACAGCACCCGAAGCCUCGUCUACCCAAUUAUGAAGUCUUUGAGACGCUCCCACACCUGAACGAGCUAAUCUUCAAGCUACCAGACGCCACUGGAUACCUCGAGGAUGACUUCAGAAACCAGCGAGUCAGCAUUUUCUACGGCGAGCCCUUCAAUUGUCCUCGCACCCUACAUCGACUCAUCUACGAGAGCGCCGCCAAGGUUCUAGCCCCGUACAAGGCCGUCAAGUUUCAUGGCUUCAUGGACGAGGACGAGGAGGACAGGUUCCUGAGUCUUCGCAAUGUCGCAAAGAAUGAGUUGAUUAUUACUACAGAGGAGCUCAAGGAGCUAUACAAAGAUGAAGCUGGCGGUAUAGAGUUGGGGGAAAAUGUUAUUCCUGGUGUUGAGAAGGAACACGUGUAUGAGGAGGAGCGGGAGAUCAUUCCCGAUGAUUUCUGGCCGCCCAAAUGUCGGUGCGAGAUCUUGUGUCGGGAGGUUCUCCACCCAAACUCUAACUGA